GGCCAGGAGCGGCUGGCGGGCGGGGCGCAGGCCGGCGGCGGGGAGGCGCCCGCGUCCGAGCCCCGGGCCGGGCCUGAGCACCGCGCCAUGGCGGAGACCAAGAUCAUCUACCACAUGGACGAGGAGGAGACGCCGUACCUGGUCAAGCUGCCCGUGGCGCCCGAGCGCGUCACGCUGGCCGACUUCAAGAACGUGCUCAGCAACCGGCCCGUGCACGCCUACAAAUUCUUCUUCAAGUCCAUGGACCAGGACUUCGGGGUGGUGAAGGAGGAGAUUUCUGAUGAUAACGCCAAGCUGCCCUGCUUCAAUGGCCGCGUGGUCUCCUGGCUGGUGCUGGCCGAGGGCGCACACUCAGACGCAGGGUCUCAGGGCACUGACGGUCACGCAGACCUGCCCCCACCUCUUGAGCGGACAGGCGGCAUCGGGGACUCCCGGCCCCCCUCCUUCCACCCAAAUGUGGCCAGCAGCCGUGACGGGAUGGACAACGAGACCAGCACAGAGUCCAUGGUCAGCCACCGGCGGGAGCGACUCCGACGCCGGAACCGCGAGGAGGCUGCUCGGACCAAUGGGCACCCGAGGGGGGACCGGCGGCGGGACCUGGGGCUGCCCCCUGACAGCACAUCUACCAUGCUGAGCAGCGAACUCGAGUCCAGCAGCUUCAUUGACUCGGACGAGGACGACAACACAAGCCGGCUGAGCAGCUCCACGGAGCAGAGCACCUCCUCCCGGCUUAUCCGGAAGCACAAGCGCCGGCGGCGGAAGCAGCGCAUGCGGCAGACGGACCGUGCCUCGUCCUUCAGCAGCAUCACGGACUCCACCAUGUCCCUGAACAUCAUCACUGUCACGCUCAACAUGGAGAGGCACCAUUUCCUGGGCAUCAGCAUCGUGGGCCAGAGCAAUGACCGGGGCGACGGAGGCAUCUACAUCGGUUCCAUCAUGAAAGGUGGGGCCGUGGCUGCCGAUGGCCGCAUCGAGCCGGGUGACAUGCUGCUGCAGGUGAACGACGUCAACUUUGAGAACAUGAGCAACGACGAUGCUGUGCGCGUGCUGCGGGAGAUCGUGUCCCAGACGGGACCUAUCAGCCUCACGGUGGCCAAGUGCUGGGACCCGACCCCUCGGAGCUACUUCACCAUCCCGAGAGCUGACCCGGUUCGGCCCAUCGACCCAGCCGCCUGGCUGUCCCACACGGCGGCACUGACUGGAGCCCUGCCCCGCUACGGUACGAGCCCCUGCUCCAGCGCCGUCACGCGCACCAGCUCCUCCUCACUAACCAGCUCUGUGCCCGGCGCUGCACAGCUGGAGGAGGCGCCGCUGACGGUGAAGAGUGACAUGGGCGCCGUCGUCCGGGUCAUGCAGCUGCCCGACUCGGGCCUGGAGAUCCGUGACCGCAUGUGGCUCAAGAUCACCAUCGCCAACGCCGUCAUCGGGGCGGACGUGGUGGACUGGCUGUAUGCGCACGUGGAGGGCUUCAAGGAGCGGCGGGAGGCGCGCAGGUAUGCGAGCAGCAUGCUGAAGCGCGGCUUCCUGCGGCACACCGUGAACAAGGUCACCUUCUCUGAGCAGUGCUACUACGUCUUCGGGGACCUGUGUAGCAACCUCGCAGCCCUGAACCUCAACAGCGGCUCCAGCGGGGCCUCGGAUCAGGACACGCUGGCCCCGCUGCCCCACCCGGCUGCCCCCUGGCCCCUGGGUCAGAGCUACCCCUAUCAGUACCCAGGGCCCCCGCCCUGCUUCCCGCCCGCGUACCAGGACCCCAGCUUCAGCUACGGCAGUGGCAGUGCUGGGAGUCAGCAGAGUGAAGGAAGCAAAAGCAGUGGGUCCACCCGGAGCGCCGGCGGGAGCAGCCGGCGGGCACUGGGCCGUGAGAAGGAGCGCCGGGCGGCUGGAGCCGGGGGCAGCGGCAGCGAGUCGGACCACACAGCGCCAAGUGGGGCGGGUGGCAGUGGCUGGCGGGAGCGUCCGGCUAGCCAGCUCAGCCGUGGCAGCAGCCCACGCAGCCAGGCCUCAGCCGCUGCCCCGGGGCUCCCCCCACUGUACCCCCUGACGAAGGCCUACUCGGUGGUGGGCGGGCCACCUGGGGGGCCGCCCGUUCGGGAGCUGGCUGCUGUUCCCCCAGAGCUGACGGGCAGCCGCCAGUCUUUCCAGAAGGCCAUGGGGAACCCCUGUGAGUUCUUUGUCGACAUCAUGUGACCGAGGAGAGAGUGCCUUCAGCCGGCCCUGCAGGAGGGCGCUGCACCUGGAGCUUGUGUGGGCUUGCCUUAGUGGUGGCCGUCCUGGGUCAGGCCAGCCAGUGCUUCCACUUGCACAAGAGGCCAUGCCGUGGGGUCCGGGCCUGGAGAGCGUGGGAGCAGGCUGGAGGGGAGGGGCUGAGGGCAGCCCAUCCACUCCCAGUUGGAGCAGCUUGUGUCCAUGUAGACCCUAGUGGGGAGCCUCCAUCGCCCUGUGCUCAGGCAGGUCUGACCUGCCCCCCUUGACGUGCGCCUCAGGGACCCCUACUUGCCCACAGAGCUGUGCACAGAGCUGAGAGGUGGCUGCUGGGCCUGGGGCCCCUCCCCACCCAGUUCACAGGCCCUGCCCAUCUUGCCCAGGCUAGGGGGCCCUCUUCAGGGUGGAAUCAGAGCCCCCAGGCUCCUCGGUGGCUGCCCAGGGUAGGAUCUAAUUUAUUUAUUUAUUGCCUGCCUCUGUGCUCUGGGGGAGGUGGCAGCCAAGUCAGCCGACCCCCCACCUGGCUGGAGCAGAGUUUGCAUGUCCCCCCACGCUGGGUCUCAGAGCAAAUGCAGGGACACAGGUCGUGUCUGAAAGUGUUGGGGAGGGUGACUGCCCACCCGCGCACGCCACUUCCUUCUCGGCAUCUCUGGCCUGCACACAUCUGCGCUGUAGAUCCUGUAUCGAGUCGGAACAUCUGUUCGGAUAGUUAAUAGAGCUGCUUCUGUGUAAAUGCUAUUUUAAACACUAAAAAGCAUUUAAUUUUAUGGGA